AUCAAUUUGCCUGUCUACUGCAGUUGCAGAAGUCAGCUUCUCUCUCACACCACCGCUCUUCAAGAUGAACCCCUGGAAAACUAUAUAAGAACUAGAAGCGGAAGGCAGGCAGAAAAUAAUGGAUGCCACCCAAAACACAUUACUUAGGCAAAUAUUUGAAACAAUGUUUUUCAGAUUAUACUGAAACAACCUCAGGAGUUCCUCUCUAAAGGAUAAAAGAGAAAGCCACCAUCACAGGAUUAAUAGUGAAACAAGAAAAAAGAUAUUGGAGUUAACUCCCUGUAUUGCAAGAGUGGGGAAAAAACUUGAACAAGACCUGAACACAAAAACCAUGAGAGACCGCCUCCAAGAGCUUAAACUGAGAGCUAAGGAACUACAGAUAGCUGGAGAAAACAAUGGUGCAAUUGUGCAAGAAGAGGAGCAGGAGGAGUUUGAACAGCAGGCCAUUAUUUAUGAAAAAGAGCCCAUAACUGAAAGGCACUUGCAUGAAAUCCAGAAGCUUCAGACUGAAAUUAAUAAUCUGGUGGAGGAAGUUCAUAAAUUCAGUCAACAACAAAAAAGCCUAGUAUCUUCAAUGAGAAGAUUCAGUGUUCUUAAAAAGGAAUCUAACAUAGCGAGAGAAAUAAAAAUUCAAGCAGAGCACGUACGAAAAUGUUUGGAUGAACUGUCAAAAACAGUAAAAAAAGCUGAAAAUGAACAUGGGCCAUCACGUGCCACAGUAAGAAUUCUAGCUUCUCAGCACGCUUUCUUGUCCCAGCGUUAUCUAAGUGCUAUGGUCUCAUACAAUGAUGCUAUAACUGCUAAGCAAGAGAAAUGCAGAAGAUUUAUUGUCCGUCAGCUGGAAGUAGCUGGUAAAGAGGUAUCUGAGGAAGAAGUCAAUGACAUGCUCCAACAAGGAAAAUGGGAGAUUUUCAAUGAAAAUCUACUCACUGAAGUCAAAAUAACCAAAGCUCAGCUUUCAGAGAUUGAACAGAGACACAAAGAACUAGUCAGUCUGGAGAAUCAGAUCAAAGACUUAAAGGAACUUUUUAUCCAGAUAUCAAUUCUGGUGGAGGAGCAAGGGGAGAUGAUCAACAACAUUGAAAUCAGUAUGAACAACACUCAAGAAUACACUCAAGUAUCUAAAGAAAAAUUCGGUCUUGCAGUCAAGUAUCGAAAAAGAAACCCUUGCAAAGCAGUAUGCUGCUGGUGUUCUCCAUGCUGCAAAUGACAAAAAAAAUAAACUGUUUAAGAUACCAAUGGCUCCUAGUAAGUAAACUGAUCUUGUAAGGGAGCCUCAGGACCCCUCAACUGCUUCAUUUUUCUUCUCCUUUCCCCUUCCACAGAGCUCUCAGGAAAAACUGCAUCUGUUUUUCCAGAAUUAGAAGAAUGAAAGAAUUUUAUGGUUUUCACAGAAACACAUGAACUAGGGGAAAGGAUCAAAGGACACAAGUGACAAUUUUUUGUGGUUUUUUGUUUUGUUUGCACCACAAUGUGGCAACAAACUACCUGUUAUUUUGGGAAGCAUUGAAAAUAUUGUUAAAUCUCAAAGACAGUAUUCCUAAGAAUGGCUUAGUUACCUUUUGCAAAAUAAUAAUUAGUGGUUUUAAUUGCCUUAUGUUUUUUUAGCACUCAUAUUUACUUGGGUCAAAUUCCAAGGUUUUUUUUCCAGGAACCUGAAAUUAUACCCCAAAAAAAGUCUACACAUAAAGCAGACAUUGUUAGUAAACCAAACAAGAAGUCAGGAAACUGUUAUCAGGAGUCUUUCAAUACUACCUCUAUAGGAAAAGUUACUUACAGGCUUACUUACCUACUUAACACCAAGAAAUAACGCUCAUAUUAUAGUAGGAUAGUGUGCACUGUCUUAUGGAAUGUAAAACAGACAUUGCGUUAUUUACUUUAAUAACACCCUGCUGUAUUUCUUACAGAUAGGUGUCGAGCUGAUAUUUUCUGACCACAUUAAAGAUCACUAGCAGCAGAAGACCACAUCACCAAACCUACAGGGACAUUUGUUAGCAGUCUGCGGAGAAGCCAAGCAUUAGUAAACUGUCACAGAGAUAUUUACAUUAUUCAAAUACAUAGGCAGACCCCUACGAGAUAAGGAUAGGGGAAUAUGAUACUUUAUUACAGUGAUAAGACAUUCUUACUGCUGUCUAGCUUAUCUAAAUAUGCAGUUGCCUCUGCAGUCUCACUUUCACUAGUACAAAAAUGAAGGAAAAAAAGGUAAUAAAAAAUAGAACUCCCUCCUUAUAAAAAUAAACAUCAUCUAGAAACAGAGAAUUAUUUAGGUUGGAAGGAACAUCUGGGGGACAUCCAGACCAACCUCUUAUUCAAACUCUUGCUCAAAAUCAAGACAGGAAUUCCCCUGGUUGCAGCUCUUGUCCACCACUUCUCACCCUACCCCCACACCUCUGAGAAGAGCCUUGUUCUGUUGACUUCACAACAAAUGCAGCUCUCCGACUCUCCUCAUCUGUCACAUGCUCCAAUACCCAAGCAGCACGGACUCACUAUAGUAUAAUUGCAUUUGUCUUCAUGGUCUUCUUGUAGUGGGAAGUCCAGAACCGGACACUGUAUAGGACACGCAUUUAUUUGUACUACUACAGAAGUGGCCAGAAGAACUAGUUGAGGGUUUCUAGAACUCUACAUAGCUCCAUGUAUUCUGCUAAGUGUAGAAACCUAGGAUCCUUAUGAAAGAGCUGAAUUAUCAAGACAUGAUCUAUAGCACUACUUUAUUUUGCAGCAGCACUUAUUUCUACAGUGAAAAGAAACAAGUAGAUGCAAAGUGCUUCUGCUUUCCAUAGUCCCAAUGGUUGGUUUCUGUCCUGUACCAAAUCCCUUUUGGAGCUGAAUGAGAAAUAGUGCUCUAAUGCAAUUUCACAGAAAAUAACAAUGUAACUGAGAUAAAAAAGUGACUUCCAAAAAGAAAAAAAUACAACCACUAAAACCAAACACCAAACCAGGAAUAUAUUUCUGAACUCCUUUAUGCUGUGCAAAGACACAAUCAAUAUCGCUAUAUCUGGACAUAGUCAGAGAAGUCAGAACAAACUGCACUGCAAUUCUGCAACUAGACGUCCUUAAUUACAUCUAGUGGAAAAAAAUUUAAAUCGAUCUACUAUCAAAAGGCACUACUGAUUUUUUUCCAAAUUGCAAUAUUUAUAAAUAGUUGCAUUCCUUCCAUCCAAGCUUAAAAUUGCAACUGAAAUUAACUGCUAUCAAAGUACAAUCAGAUGCCUGAACCUUAAAGUGAAGAUUAUUUACACAGUAGCAACAAAAAAUAAAAUUAGACAAUGACUCCACUGAUACUAUUCCAUUAAAUAAUUUCCCUUAACUGUUACACAUAUGGAAGCUACUUUACAUUCCAAGGGCAGAGCAGAAACUAGGCAAUAAGCAAUCCAGAGAAAAAAAGUUAUGGCUAACAUGAUCUCUCAUAUAUGCAUAUGUAUGUAUAUAAAUGUAACACACAGAAACAAUCACUCCACAGAAACACCAUCACAUCUUCUUUUCCUGAUUACACUUUAAAAAAAAAAACAAAGGUACAUAACUGAUAGCCCUCCCUUCUCUCCUGGUUCCCUAAAAGGAAAGCAUUAUGGUACUUCUGUGAAGUAUUACUGCAGCCAGCACUGACAGAAGAGAAAACCAAAAUACACUACCUGUUUACACAGCAUCCCCCAUGCAGGAGUGUUCACACAAGCAUCCUUAUUUGAGAGAGAAAUGUGUUCCUGGGCUAGUCCUUCCUCUUCACACAACAGAUAUGUUUCUUUGAAGUAAGCAUGGUCUUGUUAAAACAAAAGCUGUACUUUAAAUCCUGGAAUAAAACUCACGUUUCACUAGUACUCAGGAACAUGACCACCUAUCCAUACACAAGUAAUUCAAGUAGUUUUCAGCUGUAUAUUGAUUAGAAAAUGGCAAAACAGAAACAUACUUAACACACUGCAGAAGAACAAAGAGUGAAAACCAGAAAGACUUGUGGAAAGCUUUCUCUUAAUAUGAGGUGCUAUUAACCGAAAGUAAAUAUAUUAGCUACAAGUUACACUGACAUCAUGAGAAUUUGGUAUUGUGCAUUCAAAAUGAUUAACAGCAGAAAUUUUGCAGUAAUCGUUAAAACAACUUUCCAGCGUUUUUUUAAUUACAUAGUUAUGCAGAAGAGCCAACAAAUUAAAGUAGAGCUGCUAGUGUUCUAAUGUGAAAUAUUAAUAGCUAUAAUUCCUCAUCACCAAAAUAACGGAUAGAAGGUAGCUUUCUACUAAAAAAAGAAUACCUGCCCAGCAAUCUCUCUGGUAUAAAAAUACCAGCCCUAGGACAUGGACUUGUAUUUCCUCUUGCAAGUGUUUCAUGUAAAACAAACCAAAAAAAAAAAACAACACAAAACCACAAAAACCCAAACAAAGGCAAUAAUAAUCCCAAACAAAACCAGUAUUUGCCUACAUAACACAAAAUGUAAGUAUUCCUUUCUCAAAAUAUUCUAGAAGAAAAUUUAAACUUGCAUACCUACAUAAGUCUUGAGGAUGCUGACAGAAGAAUUGGCCCAUGAACAUAAGAACUGAAAGAAUUCUUGUUUUCUACAACUCAAUUUCCUCAUACAUAACAGACUGAUUAACUACUUAAGCACUUAAGUAUUAAACGAGGCCUACAUGAGCAAAGCAAAUAUAAAUUAAAUAGUACAAUGAAGUAAAAAAAAAUGAUAAAGUUUAAUGUCUUCAAAUAAUCUGUACUGAGUCAAUAACAGCCAAUACCAUCAUCACUUUAGGAAAACUGUCUUAAAAUGAUACUGCGAUACCUCCAUAAGCGAUGAUAGAUAAUACGAUGUCACAGUACCAGUUCAAUUUGAAGAAAGUAUCAUACUGAAAAGUAUCAGAACUCUUAUAUUCCCAUAUUGCUGUAAUACAGAGUCUCUUGUACCAAUCUUAUGCCCACAUUGCACAAUUCAGCCUAUUGUCUUUCCAAGCUACUUGGGGCCCCACUUCCCUCUGAAUAGUGCUCAGGCUUGCUAACCAUUUCUUUAGCAGGGAGGACAAGGAGCAAGAGUUUUCUUCCCCUUUACCUUUCUUCUGUCAGCAGUGUCUUCUUACCCCUGGCAAAAAGCAGAGUUGCCACAUACGCGGUAUACUAUGAGAUUAGGGCACACGAUAAUAAAAUUGAAUGGGACAGAAGAAGAGAUGGCAAAGAGCAGACCAGCAACUCCAACUCUACUUUGUUCUGUAAUGAAGGUUGCAUCUCAAACUCUUCAGUAAUGGCACCUGUUAUUCAUUGUGAAAUGAGACCCAUCUACCCAUGAUAAUUCAUGAUGACAUUUUCUAGCACACUUACUCACAGUAUAAAGUUGAUUAUGAAAAAAUACAUCAGAGAUGACAUGCAGUGAUUUUCAGAAAGGAGUGUUUCUUACCUUGGCAGAUAUAAAAAUAGGAAAAAUAUUCUGGGGAAACAUUCCGUUAUUCAAAGAAACAAUAGAAAUAGUAUAUUUACUGGGAAAAGAUUUUAUUUAAAAAACCUCAGGUUUUAUACUUUUUUCUUAAAGUCACUUUUUCCAGAAUAAACAACAUACAUUUCUUCUAUUGGAAAGAUUUUAAAGUAUUUGUUGUGGAUAUAAUUUUCCACAUACUUCAUGAAAGAACUGAAGGCCUCAUUUGCACACCUCCCUGUACAUUAUGAUUAAAACCCUUUUACUGCACACAUCACAGUCCUAGCUGGACAACAUACCCAAAAUUGUUCUCCUACCUCUCCUCCCCUUCUUCCUCCAAUUGCACAAUUAAUUUAGUUGCUCACCUGGAUGAUAAAUUAUAACUGCACUGUCUUUGGAAGUCUCUGUAACUACAUAGUUAACGUCUACUAUAACUACAUAGUGCCAGAGAGCAAGCUCUGGCCUCUGGAUAAAGUGUUGUGGACUAGCACCCAUGUACACCGUUCGUAGGGAAGAGCUUCUGGAGAUCCCCCUCUAGAGAGGACUGGUCACAUCCACACUACAGCACUUGACCCCAAUCUCUUGUGGCUGCAUGUGACAUCCCACUGGCCUGAGGAGUUAGAUAUAUAAAAUUACUUUUUCUAAAAUUCAACAUGUCCAAAAUAACAAUCAGUGCAAUGCAUCUCAUGAAAGAACUGUUCAUGAUGGUAUCAUAUGCUUAAAGUUUUGGGACAGCAUGAGGGUUUGUAGUGUGCAAGACCUGCUGAAGCAGUGUUGGAGAUCUAUCCUGAUUAGUAUGAGCUGAAGUUGAUAUGGUCCACAUCCUUAUUAUCUGACCAAACUACAGUGUUAUGCAAACGUCCUCUCAGAAAGGGGGAGAACAUGAAACUGUUUCUCUCCAAGAAGGAAUAAGUGAACCAGCUGCCACAUAUACAGUAUGACUUAUUGUGGUGACAGCAUCCAAAGAAAAACAAAAAAAGGGGGAGAGGGAAGGGAUUGAAUGACUAAAUCUCUCAGUGUAGACAAACCACAUAAUUGCUGUGCUGUUCAAAUUGGAAAUAAAAAAGUUUAGUUUGUCUACUUUCAUUAAGGACUGUGUGACAAAUACUUCCAAGACUUUCCUGGUGACCAAUAAGUGCAUCACUGUUGAAGUUUUCUCCUAUUCUUGGGUUUUUUUCUAUGUGUUCUUUUUUGUUUUGGGAUUGAAGUUUUACUUUGGAGGAGUUGGGUUUUGCUUGUUCAUUUUUCUUUUUUUUAACAACUCCAACUCCACAUCAGUAAAUGAGAAAAUCUCAAAACUGAAUGAAUCUACAGAGCAUCGAACAAAUAUAUAGAGCCGUGGACAAACCUUCCAUCACAUAACAGCAAACAACUGGAGAAUGUUUUUAUUUAAAUUGUUGCUAUCAGAGAUGUUUUUACUGAUGAACCAAUCUCCAUAGUUAUAAACAACAUUAUCUUUUUAUAGGAAGAAACAUACAUUUAUCUAAAUCAGAAUAUGUUUUCUUUCUUAAAUCAUUAAAAAGGAGAUAUAUUUAAAUAAAGGAACUUCAUGAUUCAGCAUAUAUUUUACCCAUUACCUCACAUCAAAAUUUGUUUACCUGAGCAGAAAAAGUGUUUUCCCCACUCCUUUUUUAGAGCAUUUUUGCAAGUUAGCUCCUACAAUAACCGUACUGCUGAUCUCAUACAGGUAGAAGAGAGAGAGCAAAAUUGUUUUCAUUUAUUCACUUCACCUAUUCUCAAAGGUGACAGACAGCACAGUACUUUGCUUGUCGCACCAAAACCAGACACAGCAUGUGCUUACCCAGACAGAGAGGAAGUACUGAAUGGAGGAAGGGAAGAGAAGGAAAAAGAGGGUAAGACUUCAGGAACUAGUGAGAAGUCAAAGUAUGUAAAAAAAGGUGAGUAUAUCACGGAAUGUGUUUAUUCAUUAGCACAGAGUUAUACAAAUUAUAAAUACAUUCCUCUUGGAAUUAUUAUUGAACAACUAAUUUUCCAAAAGCAUUCAACAACAGCACUCCUCUUAAUCCAAAUCCUAAGAACUUUACAAGUAAAUAAAGAUGAAAGUUCCAGUAAGCAUUAAUUUACCUAACAGGGAAUGCAACUUCUGUUUCAAGUUCUUCUUUUAUGUAUGAUGAGGUUGUCCAUGGUAUAAAGGCAAAUUAGGAAGAGAACUCUCAACAGAUCAGAAUUCUUGUCUAGAGGCAAAUUCCCGCUUCUUUACCAUUGCUACCACUCCAGUAUCACUCUUUUCCAAGUUUUAUUAACUAACAAGGAAAAUAUUGCAAAGCACAGGAACAAAUAUGAUAUUGCCAACCUGAUAACUGGAAUGUUCCUUUACAAAUACACGAAAUGAAUUUUCUGAUGAGCAAUGGUGUAUUUCAAAGGUCCAUCUUAGCUACCAGUCAUGAAGAUUUUAUUUUCCCCCUAAACCAGCUGGCAAGAUUAGUUUUGUCCAGAUAGAUGAAAGCCCAUAAAUGCAAAAGAAAAAGGUAAUUCUGUAUUUUUGAUUAUUGUCUACCAGAAGUGCACAAAAGGAAAAAAAAAAAAAAAAAAAGGCAUAACCAGCAGGUUAUUUCAAAGACAAGCAAAUGCUAGGUACACAUAAUGACACACCUGAUACUGCAUAUAUACUGCUGCCUUCAAAAACUAGAAUGGACUUGCAUCCAGUCUUAGAGCAUACCUGCAUAUACUUCAUUGUACCAGAUGCUGCAUAUGGCACAAAUUAGGGUAAAUAACAUUAGACUAAAAUCAGUGCUGAUUGUUGAAGUUUUUGGUCAUUGGUUCAAUCUACGCUUAAAAAGAAACAUGAAUAUCUAUUUCAAUUGUUUCAUUCUGAUCAGGUCACCAAUACCUCUUUCAUCAUUCUUCAGCACAGACACACUUUGAAGUUACAGCUUGCUCCUUUUCAUUCCUUUAGAGUUUAGGUUCUUUUAUUAGCUUUUAAGAUGAUAAUUGGUAAUUAAUAAAACAUUAAUUAGUGCUUUGUAUUUAAGCAUAAAAAAUAACAUAGUAGAGAAAUCUAUGCACUAACAGACAUCAGAGAAUAAACAAAUUACACCUGUUUUUCUGCUUCUCGCUGUUUAUUUCAAGUGCUGGAAGAAAGACAUACACUUGUGGAGUGUGGAAAUCACAGAGAAGGAGUCUCUCUCCUCUGGCAUGAAAUUAGAACAGUAUUCUAUUAAAAGAGAAAUAGAUUGUGCUCUGCACUGCAAAAGCAUGGGAGAAAGGAGAGUUACUUAAAGUAAACUUCACCUUUCCUGGAUUUAAUACUCAGAGGUCACUUCAUUGUUUUCAGUAAAUACUGGCCUUCACACAUACAUGCACAGACUAAAAUGCACUAAUUAGAAAUUUAGCAAGGUAUUAGGGAACUUAUUGCUACGUGGAUACCAAAUAUCUUAUAAAAAUACCCAAGCAAACAAAAAAACAAACAAAAGCUGAACAUCCUUAGAAAAGGAAAUAUCAAAAAAGGACAACUUUCACCAAAAAUUUGGAAAUCUGCUGUUUGCUCUACUCUGCAUUUGACACAUUUUCAUUUUUCAGUUUUAGGGACUCAAAAGAAAAAUGUUGAUGCCACAGAACUCUUAUUUGGCAAGUGUAAGUGAUGGGGAUUUGCAUCUCCAACCAAAGGCAUCUUCAGGGAAGGAAGGCGCAUGGGACCAGUUUAAAUCACAUUUGCUAAGGACUCUAUUUCCAUACCACAAACACCAGGGUUUACUGACCAAGACUUCCUGCUUCACAACUUGCAGACUUCACAAUGUAAGAACUGUUUCAAGUACUGGAACAACUUCUAGGGUUUACAUGAUGUAAACAUGCCAAGAGUAGCACAGCUACGCUAUGAACACAGACACCAAACAGAAAGCAAAGACAAUUCAAGAAAGAAUUCAAAACUAGAGACGGCAGGCUCAUAUAGGGAGCAUAAAACAAAGAACUACUGGAUCCCUCCACAUAACUGGAACAUUACAAGAACAAAUUCUGUUCAAAGGCUUGAGGCUCAAUCAAUUAGAAGGCAAUACCAUCAAACAGUUUAGUUACCAUUAAACUCUCUGCAGGUACAGACAGCCACCCAAAUAAACUCUAUUAUGGGAUUAGGGCACAGAGAUUUCUAUGAAAAUAACCCUAAAGUUGCAUUUAUUUAUAGAAACACGGCACAGCUGUCAACUGUCACAGUUGCAUGUGCAGAACAGGUUUGAGUUUAACUAGCUGCAUUAAGUUGGUUUUAUUGCCUUCCCUGUAGUAAUGACAUUCACAUAGCAAAUGUAAUUUAAAAUCUAAUCUAUUUUUCAACUUCUAGACCAUUAGCUUGCUGAACUACACUCGAUGAAAAAAACUAGCCAGUUUCACCCUCAAACUGUCAGAGCAUCACUACUUCUUAAGAAGCCUCUCCUCUUAGCUUUACAGAUUCUUUACGAUAUAACAGACGUGUUGUGUAUAUACUGCAUUAUAGAGGUCUUAUGUCCACCAGACAUAUUGUCCCGAUAAACUGUCUUAAACUUCCAUACUUUAUAGUGUAGCUUCAAAAGGGUAUUUAUCCUCAAAGACCUUUUGUGUGGCUAAUCUAAUAAAAUACGUUAUUUCCAA